AUGGUUAUGGUAUUGUCAAGGCGACCCAAAAUCUUGCCGGCAGAAUCAAAGGCGAGAACAUUAGAAAUUCGCGCCUUUGAUGUCGGCAAAAGCAUGUGCCGCCUUGUCUGCCUCUACCACUCUCUCUCGGACGGAGAAAUCACUCGCCUCCGCGGCCAGACCACUAAAUCCAAGGGAGUGGCGUACCUCACGUCUCACCAGGAAUGCUUCCUCCUCAACCUCGCGGCAGCGGAGCUCCUCGAGGAUCUUGACGCUGCCGCCAUCACCGUGUCCCAGCUUGGCCGGAAGUGCUCCGACGUUUCCCUCUCCCGCUUCGACCUCGUCUAUAACGACCUCAAGCUUGGCGUCAUCGAUCUCAGGAAGCUUGGUUACGCCACACGGAGCGCCAAUAAGGUUAUCGGGAAGAUGGAGAAGCUCGUUGCCACCACCGGAAACCUCCACACAGCCUUGGAAACCAUGGCGGAGUUGGAAGCUUCCGAGAAGAAGAUGCAGCGUUGUAAUAACAACUACAACUACAACUACAGCAACAACUUUCCAAAACCCAAUGUCGAUUACUUGAAAGAAAAGAUUGAAUUUCAGAGGAAGCAAGUGCAGCACUAUAAGGAGGUUUCGUUGUGGAACCAAACAUUUGAUAAAACCGUUGGGAUCAUGGCCAAGGUUGUGUGCAUUGUUUAUGCAAGAAUAUGCUCCGUUUUUGGAGGAUGCGUUUCAUUGUUUUCAGACAAGAACAACGACAACGACAACCUCGACAACAGCGUUUAUUGCCUCUUAGAACACCGUGUGUUGUACCAGAACAAUCUUUGUCUCUCCGAUCAUCACCAGCGUGGUAGUUACAAAACAAAAUCUGGUCCCCUCUUCUCUAAAACCAACAAAUUGUAUCCCGUCAAUUUUUAUAGCGGUGCUUUAAAACCUGACAGGAUACAAUUUGAUGCCAAGAGUAUCUGCAACGAAAAAUGUGGUAAUGUUUUAAAGUUGGCCCCAUCAAACACAGUUGGUGGAGCCAGGUUGGCAUUUAAGUAUGCCAAUGUGAUAUUAUUUGCAGAACGUUGUUUCAAUGCGCCGCCAAAGGGGGCACGUGAGACACUGUAUGAGAUGCUGCCAGAGAGGUUGCGGGUGAAGGUGAGGGCGAAACUUAAAGCAAGGUGGAGAAAGGGAGAGAACGGAAUGGAGGAGUGUGAUGCCUUGGCAGACGGGUGGCGGGAGGCGGUGGAGGAGCUUUUGGAUUGGCUUUUGCCGGUGGCGCAUGACACAGUCCGGUGGCACAGCGAGAGGCUCUUGGAGAAGAAGCCGUUUGAGGUGAGGGAGAGGGUGCUGCUUUUGCAAACACUACAUUACUCUGACUUGGAGAAGGUGGAGGCAGCCAUAGUGGAGGUGCUAGUAGGGCUGAGUUAUAUAUAUUUGUAUGAGAAACGGUUGUAG